UCCACGUCACAAUGGAGGUCAAGCAGUGGUGGGAGGAAGACGUGUUGGUCAAAGGAAUGGCAGGGGACAGGCACCCCUUCUGAGAGGUGGUCGUGGGCCUCGUUUGAGAGGUGUGGGGGAACGUGGUAGAGGACAAGGCCACGGACCAAGACAGCAGCAGCAACAGCAUAGAGUGUCCAAUGAAAUCAGGGCAAUACUUGUAUACCAUGUCAUAAAUCAUGGCAUGACAAUGGCGGCUACAAUGAUAUAACCAAACCUCAGAAGGUCAACCAAUGAGAACCGAAUUGUGACCAGGCCAAAUAGUGGAGGCAGAGGCAAAAUUCUAACUGACCAACAAGAGCAGGCUGUGGUCGAUUUGGUUUGGGCCAGAAAUGAUAUUCGCCUUACAGAAAUUCGCCAGCAUAUCUUGGACAAUGAAGACAUGUUCAACAAUGUGGGAUCCAUAAGUUUGCCGACUAUUGCACGCAUACUGAAAAGGCACCAGGUAUCUAUAAAACAACUGUACCGUGUGCCUUUCGAAAGAAAUGCAGACAGAGUGAAGCAAAUGAGGACUGAGUAUGUUCAGAGGGUGAUGGAGCUGGAUGCUGAUGACGACCAUCACAAAUCAUAUAUUUGGAUGAGGCAGGUUUUAAUCUGGCCAAGACAAGGAGGAGAGGUCGGAAUUUCAUUGGCCAGCAGGCAACCAUCCAAGUACCUGGACAACGUGGGGCCAACAUUACCAUGUGUGCGGCUAUAUCAGAAGAUGGUGUGGUGGGACGCAGACCUCAUAUUGGACCAGAUAAUGCAGCUGUCCUUGUUACCUUUCUUUAUUGAGCUCGAUCAGGUUUGUAGAGCUGAAGGUGUGACCUAUGUCAUUGUGUGGGACAAUGUCAGGUUCCAUCAUGCUCAUGUGGUGCAAGCAUGUUUUCAGGCCCAUGCACAAUUUACCACCCUGUAUUUACCCCCAUACUCUCCCUUCCUUAACCUGAUUGAGGAAUUUUUCUCCGCAUGGAGAUGGAAGGUUCAUGACAGGCACCCUCAUGAACAAGUCACUCUUCUCCAGGCCAUGGAUGACGCCUGCAAUGACAUCACAGCAGACCGGUGUCAGGCCUGGAUUCGCUAUGCCCGAAGGUUUUUUCCAAGAUGUUUGGCUAAUGAAAACAUCCAUUGUGAUGUAGAUGAGAACCUGUGGCCAAAUCCACAACACAGAGAUGAUGACAAUGUAGAAGUAAUCACUCCUGUUUUGUUUCUUACAUUACAAGCAAGCAAGUUGAGGAACACUGCAUUUGAUGUUUUACAGUAAUGUCUUUUCUUUUCUAUUUCAUAGCUAAUUAUUUUUGCUUUGAUUCAAAUAAACCUAUGUUGUGAUUGUACUGUAGUGUUUUGCAUCAAUAUAUUACAAACUUUGUUCAAUGAUUCCACUGUGUCUGUAGUAUUCUCUCUACUACUGCAGUACUUUUACAGAGAUGUAUUUACUGUACAUGUACUACCAUAAUGACACCUGUAUCGCCUAUUUUGUUCUACAAUAUUUAAUGAUUGUACGAACAAUGACACAGUGAAACUACCAGUUGCUUGUGUGUGGGUGAUCUAUAGUUAUGUUUCAAUGGUAUUUCACAGUAAAUU